AUGGCGACCACCAGGCUGCCUACUUACGGCCUGAUGGAAACCAAUGAACAGCGGCUGGACGAGGACCUCUCGAUACAGAGGCUUGAACCUCAAACAGCAGAGCCGGACCUCCUGGGAUCGCUGGACAACACAAUCAGCAGACUGGACCAAGCAUUCCAGCGAUUCUGGAGAUGGCUAGAAGCCCGGAUGUCGGCACCGCAGGCCUGGCAUCUAGGGAGAAAGAGUGGUGAUGGAGGCCGCAGAAGGCCUGAGCCUCCUCAGAGCAAGGUGACCCCUCAAGCAGCGGUGAGACCAGAUCAUACACUGCCACAACGGAAGCUCACAAAGACGAAAAUGGUGAGACCACGAAAACGGAUAAGCAACAGCCAUCUGAAGUUACAGCAGUGUGCACGACCCCUAAAGGCCUAUAUGCCUACAAAACCGCUCGGGAAUCCCGGCGGCGGACACGCAGCUCAGCAACCAGGGCUGACUCACAUCAAGCGACAAGUCUCACACUGCCGCCAGCGGGAAAAACUAGCGCGUGGUUAUCCCAGGCAGAAUAGCAACCAUAGAGCAGAUGGGGAACGCCAAGGCCGGACUUCAAUCCACACAGAAGGGCUGAACACCCCACCCCCACCACCCAUCAUCAGAUGCACCUUCACACAGGGACUUGCCUCUUUGGGACAGCCACCUUGCUCCUCAAGAAGGGACUUAGACUCGAGCUGCCACAUGCACCGGGACUGUAUCCAACACCCAAUAGGUAUUGGCUGA